CCGUAUAUAGAGGUUGAAGAUAAGCUAGACGAUAACACAUAAUAAGCAAACGUCUAACAACUGUUUCUAGAUGCCCAAGAUGGCAUAAUAAACAGCGAAGCAGGAGGACAACAAUGUUAAAACAAAUUAAACUUAAAGUUAGGGGUAAAGAUCCCAUCAGAUAGAGCAAAAGUAUGCAACAUAAUAAUCCGACAUCAUACCACGGUUAUGAUCUAAUAAAUAAAUCACCGAAGUCGUUGUAACAAAAGAUACUAACAUUCUUGCACCUGUAAUAGUGUGACUCAACGGCAAACGCUAACAAUGGUUACACAUGAGUUGAGCUUUACAAAGUAUAGAGCCCACGCAUAAAGGCAUACCAGUACAUUAUCUCAUCAUAUACUGCCAUACUUUCACGCACCUCGUGAUGAUCUUCUCGUGCUGAUCAUAUCAUUGUUUACAACAACUAUAAAACUACUGGUUUCUUGUGCCAGAUGAUCAUUCUACAUUGAACAUCUAAUUAAAACGCAAGUGUAACACUUAUUGCAACUAACAAGAUGAAACCAGUGGCGAUGUUCGCGUGCCUGAUCGUGCUGAUCUUCACCCUGCAGAACGCACAUUGUGCUUGUCCUUAUGCUCAUCCCUACCCGUACGACCUGUGUGGACCGAACGAAGAGUUCCAAGAGUGUGGUACCGCUUGCCCCAAGACGUGUGCCGAUUUGAACGAUCCUCCCAAAGCCUGUACGCUGCAGUGUGUACAGGGAUGCUUCUGCAAACCUGGAUUCGUCCGAGAGUCUCUACAUGGCAAAUGCGUUCCGGAAUGUGAGGGUCCCUGCUACUAAAAUGUCAAAAGAAGAACUGCACCAGCAAUUUUUGUUUGUAUCAUGCGCUUUUAAUAAAUGUGAUAUACUA